AUGGAUCAGAAACCUGAACUUGCUCUGGAUCAGAGUCGACCAUCAACAUCACCAUCCGCAUUUUGCAUCUUUAAGAAUACCGUCUUAAAGUAUGAGGCAGAACUGUCUGGCUCUGUUGUGCUAUCCGUUAUUUUCUAUCAUCUACUCGGAAACCCUCUUGCUAGUCAAUUCUUGUUUGUCUCUCAUGAAGUAGGCCCCAAUCAAUACGAUAAAGGUGUUGGCGACGUCUAUUUUGUCUUUUUCUGGACCAUCAUGUUCACCUUUUUGCGUGCUGCUUUCAUCAAAUACAUUUACCUUCCAGCAUCAAGCUAUUUCAACAUUGGAGAGGCCUCCAAAAGACAAAGAGUAGCAGAGCAAAGCUAUAUUCUCGCCUAUUACGUUGUCUUUGGUUCUGCUGGCAUGUACAUCAUGUACCAUGGCCCUCAUUGGUUCAAUACGUCUCAAUACUGGAUUGACUAUCCUCAUGUGUUGAUCUCGAGAGACAUGAAGAAUUACUAUCUGAUGCAACUAGCAUUUUGGAUUCAGCAAAUCUACGGUCUUCACAUUGAGAAGCGUAGAAAGGACCAUGUCGCCAUGCUGUCGCAUCACAUCAUCACCAUCUUGUUGGUAGGCUCCAGUUACAUCUCUAAUCUUACUCGUGUUGGAAAUGCUGUUCUCUGCUGUAUGGAUCUCUGUGAUAUCUUCUUGUCGCUUGCCAAGAUUUUGAAGUAUCUGGGAUUCACCAAUGUCUGCAAUAUCGCAUUUGGUUUGUUUGCCAUCUCUUGGCCCAUCACUCGCCAUGUCUUUUUCUCGAUCGUUACAUGGAGUGUUGCAGUUGAGCCCGCACGUUAUUUUGAUAUGGAAUGGGAUCCUUCUCGAGGAAAGUACUUUACAUUGACAACCCAAAAGAUAUUCGUUGGACUCUUGAUGGCACUGAAUGUCAUUAUGUUUUACUGGUUCCUCAUGAUUGCUAAAGUCAUUGCAAGGCUCUUUACUGGCAAUGAGAUUGAUGACACCCGUAGCGACGAUGAAGACGAGAGUGAUGUGGAUAGUGACGAAUUUCAGAGAAAUCCUGAAGUAUGCCCGGAUCAAGAAAAGAAACCUGUAUACAGCAAUAAGGAUUAG